UUUUUUCUGACGGUGUGUUUCCUGUUUCCUGCAGAGGUCCAGAAGCUGGUGGUGGUUAAAGAAGAGCUUCUCCCUGACCAGCAGGAGUGGAGCACCAGCCUGGACCAGGGGGACCCAGAGCCCCCCCCACAAAUUAAGCAGCCACAGGAGGAACUCAGGAUCAGGAGGGAGGGAGCGCAGCUUCAGGAACUGGAGGAUGCUGAGAUCACCAAGUCCACUUUCACUCCUGACCCUGUGAAGAGUAAAGAUGCUAAAAAGAAACCUCAGUCCUCACAGCCUCAUCAAAGACAAACUGAACACAUGGAAACAGAAGCUGAUGGAGAUGACUGUCGAGGACUGUCGAGGACCAGAACCAGGAACAAAGAUCCAGAGAGCCGUUUACAACAAAAGACUGGAGACUCUUCUGAACCUGACACUGAAGACUCUUCUGAACCUGACACUGAAGACAGUGGUGAUUGGAAGGGGACCAGAAAACCUGCGUCAGGCUCAAAAUCACUGAAAAAUAGACAAGAAUCUGUCAGUGAUUCAAGCCGUAGUGCUGAAAAGAAACCAUUCAACUGCUCAGUCUGUCCCAAAUCUUUUACAUUGAGUGAAAGUUUAAAAAAACACAUGAGAGUCCACACAGGAAAGAAACCAUUCAGCUGCUCAGUCUGUAAGAAACCAUUUGCAGUGAGAAGAGAUUUAAAUCGACACAUGAGAAUCCACACAGGAGAUAAACCCUUUAGCUGCUCAGUUUGUACCAAAUCGUUUGCAUUGAUUAUAAGUUUAAAGGAACACAUGACAAUCCACACAGGAGAGAAACCACACAGCUGCUCAGUCUGUAAGAAAGCUUUUGCAAUGAAAAGAGAUUUAAAUCGACACAAGAGAAUCCACACAGGAGAGAAACCCUUUAACUGCUCAGUUUGUACCAAAUCUUUUUCACAGAAGGGAAGUUUAAAGGCACACAUGAGAGUCCACACAGGAGAGGAAAAAUACAGCUGCAAUGUUUGUGACAAAAGAUUUAAAUGGCAUAAUCAUUUCAAAACACACAAGUGUGUUGGUCGUCAGCUGCUUCCGUAACUGUAAGGGAAUACAUUUGCCUAUUUUGUAUCCCGAUGACCUAAUGCCAUUACAUGUAAUACGGUACUCCCUAAGUCUGAAUAAGGCACGUUUUAGAGAGUCGAAGUACGUCUUUGGCAAGGCGUGAGAGAUGCUAAAUGACAAUACUCUGAGAAAC